UCGAGAGCCAAAUAAAUGUUUUCAGUUCAAAAUGGCUGCCGUGAGAAAUGCUCGCCACGAUCCUGAAUCGGAAAGUCCGAUUGACUACGUUCAAAUUGAUGGAUUGGUGGUUUUGAAAAUCAUAAAACAUUGCCAUGAAGAAGGUGCUGGCGUUACCGAUGUUGCUCAAGGUGUUCUUUUGGGCUUGGGGGUCGAUAAUCGUCUGGAAAUAACAAAUUGUUUCCCUUAUCCUAGACAUACUGAUGAGGAAGAUUUUGACGAAAUGGAAUACCAAAUGGAAAUGAUGAGGCAUCUUCGUCAUGUUAAUGUUGACCAUCUUCAUGUGGGAUGGUACCAGAGCACACAUUUUGGCAGUUUUUACAACAAACCCCUUUUAGAAUCCCAGUUCAAUUAUCAGAGCUCCAUAGAAGAAUCUGUUGUUCUAAUAUAUGAUCCAAUGAGAACAAGUCGUGGAUUCCUCUCUCUGAGAGCUUAUCGACUUUCUAAUACUGCUAUGAAGUUGUACAAAGAAGGCGAAUUCACUUUGGAUAUGCUUAAGAACCUUCAUGUAUCAUAUGGCAAAAUCUUUGAAGAGAUAACUGUUAUUAUUAGAAAUUCUCAUCUUGUAAAUCUUCUGAUGUGUGAAAUAGCUGACUGGAUGCCUGAAGAAGAUAGCAACCAAUUUUUAGACAUGGGAACUGCCUCUGUAUUGGAAAAGAGUCUUCAAGCUAUGAUGGAAUGUGUGGAUACUGUCAGCCAAGAAACCAAUAAACUAACUAAUCAUCAGAGGCAGAUUAUCAAGCAGCAGCAAGCAAAAAAUCAGUACAUCCAGAAAAGGGCUGCAGAAAAUGCUGCUCGUUCUGCUAAAGGGGAACCACCUCUACCUGAUGAUGACAUCAACAAGUUGUUCAAGCCCAUUCCGCCACCCUCACGUUUGGAUGCUCUGCUAGUAUCUGGUCAAAUUGAUAGCUAUUGCAAGCAAAUAUCUCAAUUUUCGUCUCAGAACUUGGCCAAACUUUUCAUGACCGAAGCCUUGCAACAAAAGUGAUGUAUAUUUAAAUGUAAAAGAUGAUUUAUUAAAUGUACUUCCAA